AUGUCAUUGUUGAAUGAGGUGAAUGUGUUUUUCAACAGUAUUGAUACUCGCUUGGCUACAGCAGCAGCAUUGUUGUGCAACACCCAAUCAUUGCCUCGGCGACAGAGUGCGGAGCAGUCAGCCAUUGCGGUUGCGAUUGUUUCAACUACUCUCAAAGUCGAUCGACUUUCCACAAUUGAUGCAGUUCAUUGCAAAGGUAUCGUACUCGAGGACCCCAAUGUAUCCAAAGCAAUUGUUGAGUUUGUUUUGCAGUCUUCAAUAGAGAAGCUAGUGAUCGGUGAGUCGCCUAAAGGCGAAUUCGACAGGAGCACAGGCCUGAGUUCAAGCAUCAGCAAAACUGUGCCUGAUUUUUGUACAGUCAUUGUCAUCUCGAAAGGGAAGGUGUCCUCACUGAGGACUGCUGUUAAGUCAGCUCCACCACCUCUCCGGCCGCAAAGCCCCAUCCAAGCAGCUCCUAAACCUGAAAUUCUAAGCAAUAUCCCUAGAAAUGUCAAGAAAGUGCCAAAUGAGACUGGAUUGGCUCCAUGGAAUUUGCAUAAAGAAACUGAAUCGAUAAAGUCACCUUUCACCAGAGGGAAUAUUUCUUCAACAAGAUCAUACGAGAAUGCACAGUCCAAUUCUCUGACAAUCAAGAAUGAAGAAGUGGAAGGAAGGUACAGACAAUUGAAAUUGGAGCUGAAGCAGACGUUGGAUAGGUACAACUUGGCCUGCAAGGAAGCGCUCACUGCGAUGCAGAAGGCAAAGGAGCUUCAACAAUGGAAGAUGGAGGAGCAGAGGAUGAGAGAAGCUCAUGUGGAAGACGAGGUAACUCUGGCUUUGGCAGAGAAGGAGAAGGCUUAG